CUACAACCCACUGGUCACCGGCCCCGGGCCAGCGCCGCGCCUUCCUGUGAGGGCUUUGGCUGGAGAUCUCUGCACAAGGCAAGGAUCUCGUUCCUGGGGUCCUGCGCCUCAUCUAACCCCAACAUUCCACCCAAAGGAGCCCGGGACCUGCCCCGGUGAAUCGACCCAGAAAAGUGGAGUGCGCAAGUCGAACAGCAGCACCUGCCCCAGGCGAGCGCGAGAGCUGAUGGAGGGGGCCCAGUGAUCCUGCCCUAGACGCCUGUCUUUCUUCUCUGCAGGUCAAGCUCGCGCGGGGGAAAAUGUACCAAAGCUUGGCGCUGGCCCAGAGCGCUGGCCAGGGCACCUACGCCGACUCCGGAGCCUUUCUGCACUCUUCGGGAGCCGGCUCCCCGGUGUUCGUGGCACCCACACGCGUGCCCUCCAUGCUGCCGUACCUGCCUUCGUGUGAGCCGGGCUCGCAGCCUCCCGCGCUCGCCGCGCACUCUAGCUGGACGCAAGCAGUUGCUGCUGAUUCCUCGGCCUUCGGCUCCGGAAGCCCGCAUCCGCCAGCUGCACACCCAUCGGGAGCCACUACCUUCCCGUUCGCUCACAGCCCCCCAGGAUCCAGCGGCGGCGGCAGCACGGGGGUCCGGGACGGCGGCGCCUUCCAGGGCGCGCUGCUGGCUCGCGAACAGUACCCGACCCCGCUCGGAAGGCCCAUGGGCGCCUCGUAUCCCACAACCUACCCAGCAUACAUGAGUCCCGACGUAGCCCCUUCGUGGACCUCCGGACCCUUCGACAGCAGCAUUCUGCACGGUCUGCAAGGUCGCCCUGGUGGCCUUCCUGGUCGCAGGACCACCUUUGUACCUGACUUCUUGGAGGAGUUCCCUGGUGAGGGCCGGGAGUGUGUCAACUGUGGAGCCCUGUCUACACCACUGUGGCGCAGGGAUGGCACUGGACACUAUCUAUGCAAUGCCUGCGGCCUCUAUCACAAGAUGAACGGGGUCAACCGACCGCUAGUGAGGCCCCAGAAGCGUCUGUCUUCAUCCCGUCGAUCUGGCCUUUGCUGCUCCAACUGCCACACUGCCACCACCACGCUCUGGAGGCGCAAUGCAGAGGGCGAACCAGUGUGCAAUGCCUGUGGCCUCUACAUGAAGCUCCAUGGGGUGCCAAGGCCACUAGCAAUGAAAAAGGAGAGUAUCCAGACAAGAAAACGGAAGCCGAAGAACCCUGCCAAAAUCAAGGGCUCCUCAGGAUCCACAGCGAACACCAGAGCCUCUUCUCCCACUCUCCUCAACACCGAGAGCUCAGCCACCACUUUGAAGGCAGAAUCCAGUCUGGCAUCUCCAGUAUGUGCUGGACCCACUAUCACCUCCCAGGCCUCCAGCCCAGUGGACGAAUCCCUGGCCUCCAGCCAUUUGGAGUUCAAGUUUGAACCUGAAGACUUCGCCUUCACCUCCUCAUCCCUGAGCCCCCAGGCUGGUCUCAGUGGGGUCCUACGUCAGGAGGCCUGGUGUGCCCUAGCCUUGGCCUAGGUGCUCAAGAAACUGUCACCACAGUACAUUCCAGGAACAGAAGUUAGUUCCUGAACCAGCAGCCCCAGAGGUCCCUCACCACUGUGCUGGGGAAAUUUUCUGUGCUGAUUGCCUAGAGAGAGAAGCAGGCUGGUGGAUGAAGGGUUGGAGCCUCAGCUGGGGUAGAAAUGGACUCCCCAGACCUUUCACGGACCUCUCUGCAGCCAAGAUGACUGGAGAUACCCACCAAUUACUUGAAUUCAGCUCUUGACAUCGAUGGUCAAAAUUUACAGUUUGUAGCAGCUGGCAAAGGUUCACAGCAUCCCACAGUAAAAUCUGAUCCAAGUGAAACAAACAUACUCCAGGCAGGCAAUAAGAAACAGGGCCUCUGGGCCCUCGAGGUCUUCGUUUCCCAUGUUUGACUCUGUACGGCUGAGAGAGCACCUUCUUGCUUACGGAUGCAGGAUUGCUGGAGACCAGUGUACAGGUUGAGCACCGUACCAGGACACCGCCCUGAGGCAAACGCAUCCCUCAGGCCAUCAUCACAGACUUCUGUAUUUAUUUGUGUGUUUCCAGACCGGGCAGUAAAGGGCCUUGUUCUG